AUGUCACAUGAAGUUCGAUUACCAAAAGACACAGUACAACUUGAUACAGAUAAUACCCUUACAUCAUAUAGUCAAAUUUUAAAAUUAGCACAUUAUAAAACACCAACACAAGUGAUUAUGAAAAUUGGUAGUGAAAAUAUCCAAAUUAUAACGGCCAAAAAACAAGAUCUAAUUUUUGGAUUGAGCUGUCAACUUAACGAUGUAUUUCAUAUAUCAGAGAUUGAGGACAUAACAUUUUCAUCUAAUGAAAGUGAUAACAAUGAAUUUGCAAUUAAACAAAAUGGUAGACCUUCAUUUACAUUUACAAGUCAAAUAAGGGACACAAUUAUCCAGGCCAUUCGCACUUCUAAAGCAAGAUACCAGAUAGCAAAACCCAUUAAAGACACCGAAAGAAUUUUGAGACCAAAUGAUGUACCAGGAACUUUGUUAAAUAUGGCAUUAUUCAAUAUUAUAAGCGAAGAUCCUAACCUUAGACUAGCUGCAUAUAAUUUGUUAGUUUCUUUAAGUAAUGUAUUUAAUUUUGAUAUGGGAAAUCAAUUAUUGGCCACAAAAGUUGGAAUAAGUGAAAAACUUGCUGCUUCAGAAAGUCGACUUACUCUUGAUUUUCUAAUGGAAUUUUUUGUUGGUUUUAAUAAGUCAAGUGUGCCAAUAAAACAUUUAUGUCUUCAAUAUAUGGCUCCUUGGUUGUUAAAUUUAGCCAAAGUAAAUGAAAUUACCGAUUUAAUAAUUGAUGAAUUUUUACAAUAUGCUGUUGAACAUGGUAUAAAUUCUAUGCAAUCUGAAACUGUAGCCAAUACCAUAGUAACUUUCUCUUCACCAAGCAUCCGUGGAAAAGUAAUAGCCAAAUUGAGAAAGGUAAUUGCAGGAACUUCUUUAAAAGCAACAAGAACCCUUACAGACAACCCUGCAUGGCCUGAAAUUGCAGCUUUGGUUCGAUUUAAUUUAAUGUUAUCGUUUAAUGAUGAAAAUAUUCACCAAUAUCUGCCUGAAUUAUUUUAUAUUGUUUCUAUUUUGGUAGCAACUGGCCCUCCGAUUAUAAGGGCAUCAAUUCAUGGACUUAUUGUAAACUUAGUUCAAUCACUGUGUACAUCAGUUCCAUUAGAAGAUUCCAAUAUGACAAAACUCAGUUUAUUAUUGAAUGAAUUAUCUGAACCUAAUUACCGUUACUUUUUUGGAUUAAACAAUGUUUUUGGAAAUGCCUUUGUGAUUUCUCCAGAAUCUAUUAAUGAUAUAUCAGAUAGUAUGCCUUUAGCAUCAUUAGAAAAGAUUGUUCAAGCUCUUUUGGAUGUGAUGAUAUUUGGUUCUGCUUCAGCUGCACGUUGGUUGGGGCUUGUUGCAAGUACAGCUUUUCAACAUAAUCCAGCAAUACAACCUAGAGCAUUUGUAACGUUAGGAUGUUUGGCACGUGAAGAAGUUGAUGAUGAUCUUUUAUAUCAAAUAUUGGUAGCAUUGAGAGGAGCAUUGUUAAUGUUUACAGAAAAUGAUUGUUUGCUUAUAAUAAGCAUUGUUAUGUGUCUUACAAACAUUGUAGAAAAUUUACCAUCAGGUUCACGUUAUUUGUUACCAUUAUUUUGGCUAGCCAUUUCACUAAUUCAAAUUGGUCAUGUUCCAAUAUUUCCAAGUGCAAUAUCACUAUUACAAGAAGUUUUACGGACUCUAGAUAACAAUAAUGUCUUUGAAAAUAAAGAUAUUGCUAAAGUACUUCUAAAUGCUAGAAUUCCAUUGGAAGAAAUCAGCAUAAAAAUGGACAGCGAAACAGGGUUAAAUUUUGAGUAUUUUUCAUUCGCGAUUGCAGCUACAUUACUUAAAGGAUUGAAAAAUCCAAUCACGAAAACUGGUACUCAAAGUUUAUUAAUGUCAUUUUUAGACAUAGCAUCUAGAGUUGGGAAUAAACGUCAAAAUGACAUUAUAGAUGCUAGUAUGCUAGGUUAUCUCGCAGCAUUAUUGCCAGUAUCGGCCAAUAACCAGGAUAUGAAAGAAUUGUUAUGGCUUUGUGGAAUUGAUGAUUGCGAGAUUGAUAAUCCCGAAUUAACAACAACCUAUUUUAGAAUGUAUGAUAAAUUGGACAUACCAAAUGACAAAGUCGCUUUUCUAUUAAUUUCAUUGAUGAUAGCAAUUUUAGAUAAUGCAGAAAACGAGUCUGAAAAAUUGUUCCUUUAUGGAUUUUUGGCCGAAACUGCUAAAGCACUACCUGAUGUUUUUUCAUUGGUAUAUGACAAUUUGCGUCCCAAAUUGGCACAUAUGAUAAAUAAUUGUGAGACGAUAUCGAUUCUUGAUUCAGUCCAAUCCAUUCUUUACACAAUUGUAUCAUCGGAAACUGAACUCCAGUUAAAGGGUAGUAAAAAAAAAAUGCCAUCGUAUCUUGAAGAGCUUGGAUUUUCUAAUUUGAUGGAAUGUGGUUCAUUUCAAAAUAUUACUAAAGAAAAAAUGAAGAUAAAUGCGUUACUAGCAAGUGAUUUG